GGCGGUGUUUUUAUAAACUAAACACUAGCUAGAUCUUUCUUUUUAGUGCCGAAAAGUCGAGGGUGUGUAUAUCGAAGUGGCCGCAGCAGCCGAAACGGCUGAAAUCGUGAGCUCUCUGCGUAUUCAUCAUCGUUCGCGUCACUGCGGCCUCUUCCUUGUGUCGGUCGCCACGGUUCACGUCGUCAAAGGAUCAAAAGUUACGCUCUCAAGUGACAAGCGAGAGCACGGAACACAGAAAUCAGGGCAACCAGGAGUUGCAGUUACAACGAGCAAGGCAACUUCAUGGCAACCACGUAACAAAGGAUGAGCACCAUGAAGUGUGUUUGCCAGGAGUGUGGGUGCGUGUGUGAGAGCUGCGUCAGUGGAGGCAACAGCCUCCACUUGCAUCAGGAAAUCGAGGCCCUGAAGCGGCAACUGCUGGAGCGAGACUGCCACAUUGUACGCAUGGAGACACAGGUACUGGAAGGUCCUCCCCAGGGACGUCCCCCAGAGGUCCAGGGGACGUCGUGCCGACAGGAGACCUGCCAGGACAAGUGGCGCCGCCUCCAGGACGGUUAUCGCAAGCUUCAGAAGGUCAACCAGGGUCUGGAGGACAAGCUACUCCGGGUGGUGGACCGAUGCGAGACAGAAAAGAAUGCGCUCAACCGGGACCUCCAGGAGCUCACCUCGAGGCUCGUGGAUGCUCAGCUGGCUCUGGCGCAGCUCCGCGAAGAAAACGAGCAGUAUCGCAAUGACUGCAGCGUCGCAGUGCAGCUGCUUCAGUGCAAACCUUCCAGUUUCGUGUCCUCCAAGUACAGCACUCUUCCAAACGAGCUUCAGGAGAAAGUGCGCAGUCACCUGGGCAGCCGGGCCGUGCGUAGUCCCCCGGAGGCUCGGGUGAUCCGGGUGCCCAUGCCCACCUUCCCACCCACCGCCAUGGUCUACUCGGUGCCGCCCGAGGAGCCGCCUUCACCGCAGGAGCCCGCAGAGAACCCCCUGCCGGACUACAUCAGCGCCGCCGUCAUGGCCAAGGUCCUGGAAGAACGAGCGAGGGAGCGUCGGCGGUCACACCCUUCCAAGGGCACCCAGGCCUGCCUCUGCUGCUCGGGACGGCCCGUGGCGGUGCGACUCAGUUCGGGAGACACGUCACGAUCAACGGAGACCCUCAUCUGAACGCGGGCGGACGCGUUCCUGUUCCAACCACCUAACUUAUUGCCGCAAUAAAGACGCACGUCGGGCAUUCAUGCCAAAAAACCGGGCACACGGGCCGCCAUCCUUCGAGGCCGACCGACGCUAGAGCUGCUGAAAAAGCCACGCUUAGAGCAUCGACACUCCACUCCCCAAAAUUCCUAAAUUGUCUGGGGAACAAAGGAAGGGCAGCCCAACGUGCCUCCGCCCGCCAGAAGGCAUUGGCAUCGUGCCGUUGCAUCGGUUUUUGUUGCUUUUUAUGCCACAUCUGCCGACACUCCAACAAAGAAGUGCGAAGAUGCAACACGUGUGAAGACAGGUGCCGAAUAUGUUGGUCGGGCGGGACGGUGCCCUCCGAAAAUGACGGCGGGAAGCAGGGCCGGGAAAGAGGGCGUAUGCAUGCACAGAAGCUUACUGGAGAAAUGGCCAUUGGCGAUCGUUGCCUUUUGAAAGUGCGACACUCCGAACUUUAAACACGGCAUCAGGAAUCUCGGACGGCAGCGGUUUUCUCCGUUGCGAAUCGUUUCGGCAUCUCUGGAGGAUGGAAGAUCGUUUCCUGCAAUUUGAGGUAAAGCUUCAGACAACUAAUGACUGAUAUUAGGCACCAUGGUGGCGGACGUGUCGCUACUCGGAAGCGUGGCUUGUUUAUUGGCCCUAGUCGACACCGGUGCAACGACUCAUUUCCGAGAUGACAGACACGCGUCGUCGCCACCUUUUGAGGAGCGUCGAGGUUAAGCUUGAUUAGCUCGGAAGAGAUGCGUGGCCGAUCGAAAAUCUGCUUUGUCACUGCGUCUCUGGUGUACUUUGUUGUGCCCGUGUCGGCCGGCUAGUGGGUCGACACACCGAGGAAGACCGAACACCGUGCUAAGCCACGAAGGGCCAUCGGCAGCGACAACAGUGUAAAAAUGAGUGUUUUAGUGACAUAAAGAAAUGAAAACACC